AUGAAAUACUCAUUCAACGUUGUGAUGACUUGCGAUGGAUGCAAAAACGCCAUCGAUCGGGUUUUAAAUCGUUUGGGUGUCGAAGAAAAGGCGAUCUCUUUGGCGGCUCAAGAAGUUACUGUUACUACAGACAAACCAUAUGAUACGGUAUUGCAAACUAUCAAGAAAACAGGAAAAGAAGUUCGUUCUGGGAAGACCGUUGAGUAA